GUCUAUAAAGGGAGCGUCGGUGGCGUGGCUGGAAUCACUUACGUUUGUGAUACAGAGAGUUGUUGUUUAGCGUGAAGUAAGAACAACAGUUCUGCCGCCACCGGACAUGAGGGAGUGCAUCAGUAUCCACAUCGGCCAGGCCGGCGUGCAGAUUGGCAAUGCCUGCUGGGAACUCUACUGCCUGGAACAUGGCAUCCAGCAAGAUGGUCAGAUGCCCAGCGACAAGCUGUCCGGUGGGAUCGAUGAUUCUUUCAACACUUUUUUUGCCGAUACCGGCGCCGGCCAUUAUGUCCCCCGAGCUGUGUUCAUCGAUCUGGAGCCAACAGUUGUUGAUGAGGUGCGCACUGGCGCUUACCGUCAGCUCUACCACCCGGAGCAGCUAAUCUCUGGCAAGGAGGACGCUGCCAACAACUACGCGCGUGGCCAUUACACCAUCGGCAAGGAGAUCGUCGACCUAGUGCUUGACCGCAUCCGGAAGCUGGCCGACAUGUGCACGGGUCUACAGGGCUUCCUCGUGUUCCACAGCUUUGGCGGCGGCACUGGCUCUGGAUUCACCUCGCUUCUCAUGGAGCGCCUUUCGGUUGACUAUGGGAAGAAGUCCAAGCUCCAGUUUUCCAUCUACCCAGCACCCCAGGUCUCAACUGCUGUUGUUGAACCAUACAACUCCAUCUUGACCACACACACGACCCUGGAACACUCUGACUGUGCCUUCAUGGUUGAUAAUGAGGCCAUCUUCGAGAUCUGCCGGCGCAAUUUGGAUAUUGAACGACCCUCAUACACCAGCCUGAACCGGCUAAUUAGUCAAGUUGUCUCCUCCAUCACUGCUUCCCUCCGCUUCGAUGGUGCACUCAACGUUGACUUGACCGAGUUUCAGACCAACUUGGUACCUUAUCCUAGGAUCCACUUCCCACUGGUCACAUAUGCUCCCAUCAUCACCGCUGAGAAGGCCUACCAUGAGCAGCUUACCGUGGCCGAGAUUACCAACGCAUGUUUCGAGCCGGCCAACCAGAUGGUCAAAUGCGAUCCACGCCAUGGCAAGUACAUGGCCUGCUGUAUGCUGUACCGUGGCGACGUGGUGCCUAAGGACGUCAAUGCUGCCAUUGCAACCAUCAAGACCAAGCGUAGCAUCCAGUUUGUGGACUGGUGUCCCACAGGGUUCAAGGUGGGCAUAAACUACCAGCCACCUACCGUUGUGCCCGGCGGAGACCAGGCCAAGGUUCCGCGUGCUGUCUGCAUGUUGUCCAACACGACAGCCAUCGCUGAGGCCUGGGGCCGACUGGACCACAAGUUCGACCUCAUGUAUGCCAAGCGUGCCUUCGUACACUGGUAUGUGGGCGAAGGCAUGGAAGAGGGAGAGUUCUCAGAGGCCCGUGAGGACAUGGCUGCCCUCGAGAAGGACUACGAGGAGGUUGGCAUGGACUCAAACGAGGACAUCGACGAGGGCGAGGAGUACUAGGCUGGGUGCUGCAUUCCCUCGACAGGAACACGAGACUUUUCAACCAAGCAAAAAUGGCUGUUGUCGUUUGAAAUUUCGUAAUAAAGGACUUGGUCAUUCCA